CUGGCUAAGCCGCCGUUUUACCCCAGAUCAGUACCUUCAACUGAACGAUCCUCAGGGGAAGCCUGUCAACAUGGCUCAGGAGUUUGUGAACUGCAAGAUUCAGUCUGGGAAGGUGGUCGUGUUCAUCAAGCCCACCUGCCCCUACUGCAGAAAAACUCAAGAAAUCCUCAGUCAACUGCCUUUUAAACAAGGUCUUCUGGAAUUUGUGGACAUCACAGCCACUAACAACACCAGUGAGAUUCAAGAUUAUUUACAACAGCUCACCGGAGCGAGAACAGUUCCUCGGGUCUUCAUCGGGAAAGACUGCAUAGGUGGGUGCAGCGAACUCAUUUCCAUGCAACAGAAUGGGGAGCUGAUGGCCCGGCUGAAGCAGAUUGGAGCUCUGCAGUUAUGAAAGGAGUGGCAGGCUGAUCCCAUGCUGACAACAGCCAUCCAGCCACGCUGAUGGCCAGAGGCCCUGAGAGUUGAUGUGCAUCACAGAGAAUGUCAGUAUUUCCUGGUGACUGGGAUUUUCAACAAAGCUGCUUUUAUUUCUUCUUUUCCUCAGUGCUGUUGCAGUUUGCCUCUAACCAUGGGGCUGAGAAGCUUAACAGACUACGUAGGUUUGAUUAUCCAUUCUUCAUGUGCUGACAAGUCUCGACCUUUAAGCCCAUGUUUCCCAGUUGCUCUAAAUCUCCAGUGAAUCUGCUGCUGGUUUUCUGCUACUGCUGGUCCACUGAAGUCACUUUGCAGAAGUCCACUUUCUAAAGGAUUAUUGAAUCAAUGGAUAUUGUAAAUUUGCUUACGAGUCACACACGUCUCUACAUCCCGUGUUCAUGCACCCUUCCUGCUUCUGCAUUCACUGCCCUCAGCUAGUGUUCUCAACCUCGCCCUCCCACAACCCACAGAAGUUCACACUUAUUUCAGGAUGCUGUUCAAAAAAUCAGAUGAAGAACUUUAGCUUAGUUAGUCCUCACUGAAGCCAUAUUAACAUAGGCGGCAGAGCAGAUGGUGCAUCAGCUCUGUUCGUAAAGGUGAUUAAUUGCCCAGAAAAUCCCAAGCAGCUGUGUGUUGAUAAGAGUUAGAGUGCCAGUGAAAUCAAAUAUGAAAGGCAAAAUUGCAGAAUUCUCCUUCUAAGAAUGUCUGUGGAAGAAGUUGUUUCCGAAACACUGUCCUAAAUUUCUUCCAUUCAUACUUUGACAUUUUGUUUUGAUAUCUUGCUAUGACAUUUAAUUAUCAUGGAACUUUAGGUCCCUUCUCUGGUCUCCACUGAGAAGGACUCAUUCCUAAUAAAGAUGUAUCUGUAGAUGACUAA